GUCGUUGACAUCAUCCUUCCCUACAGAAAGGUGACCCUCUGACCAACUGAACCCUUACACCCCCAUUAGCUCACAAACUCCUCUCUGAAGUGACAAAGCCCCUUCCUCUCACAUCCAACAUGGAGCCCAUCAAGGUCCAGUCAGAAGGUGGACUGAAUGUGACCCUUACCAUUCGACUGCUGAUGCAUGGCAAGGAAGUUGGAAGCAUCAUCGGGAAAAAAGGGGAGACAGUGAAGAAAAUGCGUGAAGAUAGUGGAGCUCGUAUUAACAUCUCGGAAGGUAACUGCCCCGAACGGAUAGUCACCAUCACUGGGCCAACAGAUGCCAUCUUCAAGGCCUUCGCAAUGAUAGCCUACAAGUUCGAGGAGGAUAUCAUCAACUCUAUGAGCAACAGUCCUGCCACCAGCAAACCCCCUGUGACCCUCAGGCUUGUGGUCCCAGCCAGCCAGUGCGGCUCGCUCAUUGGCAAAGGGGGCUCCAAAAUCAAAGAGAUGAGAGAGUCUACAGGCGCUCAGGUCCAGGUGGCGGGCGACAUGCUUCCUAACUCAACGGAGAGGGCGGUGACCAUCUCCGGGGCGCCGGAGGCCAUCAUACAAUGCGUCAAACAGAUAUGUGUGGUGAUGCUGGAGUCCCCACCGAAAGGUGCCACAAUCCCCUACCGCCCCAAGCCUGCCUCCACUCCUGUCAUUUUUUCAGGUGGCCAGGUAAGAGCAGACCCACUGGGGGCGUCCACAGCCAACCUCAGCCUCUUACUGCAGCACCAGCCACUGCCUGCUUACACCAUCCAAGGACAGUAUGCCAUCCCACAUCCAGAUUUGAGCAAGCUCCACCAGUUGGCUAUGCAGCAAACCCCCUUUACCCCCCUCGGACAGACCACCCCUGCCUUUCCCGCAAGUCUGGAUGCCAGUAACCAGGCCAGUACUCAUGAACUCACCAUUCCCAAUGAUCUAAUAGGCUGCAUAAUUGGACGCCAGGGAACCAAAAUCAACGAGAUCCGUCAGAUGUCUGGGGCACAGAUCAAAAUUGCUAACGCCAUGGAAGGGUCAUCGGAGCGCCAGAUCACUAUCACAGGGACCCCCGCCAACAUAAGCCUGGCCCAGUACCUCAUCAAUGCAAGGUUCCGAGACGUGGCGGCCAUGUGGAACGACCCGUCCUCCAUGACCACAUCCUGAACUCCCGAACUGGCUCUUCCGUCUGGCCCUUUCCAACAACUGACGACACCCUCCGGACUCUGGCUCUGGCUCUCCGAAAACCCUGAGCACCGGCCGCCCUGGUCCUCCACACACUAGUGAGGGCCGAGAGCUCACUUUUAUUUCAGAGAGCCAA